AUGACAGAACCUCCACCUUUCGUGUAUGAUCCGUUGCCCGCAGGCUACAUCCGUCUGCUUACGCCUACCCCCAGCGAAGCCGCCGAUGGCCACACCUGGAAGAUACAAACGGUUGCUCUCGACCGACCCGACUUGGAAUUCGAUGCGCUUUCUUAUGUAUGGGGCUCAGACUCUGAGCGUCUCCGCAUUACCCUGAACGGUUGCGCUAUGCAAGUGCAUCGCAAUCUGUAUAUUGCACUACCGUACCUUGCUCGCCGCGGAGAUGGUGGACCAGUGCGGCCGAUUUGGAUCGACGCCAUCUGCAUCAACCAAGCAGACCGUGAAGAGAAGAUGGUGCAAAUUCGGGAGAUGAACCGCGUCUACAAGCAGGCGAAAAGAGUCUGGGUUUGGCUUGGUAUUACAAAGCACCAAGACCGCAUUCCUGACGCUCUCCGUUUUCUUGAGAACCUGCGCGAUGAGAAAGAAGGGCAACAGCACAGAAACAUUGACGAACUUUAUGGGAAGUUGUCCUUCGAUACCUUGGAUGCAAAGCCCGCGCUGUGCCACGUCGUGCUCAACGACUGGUUUGGAAGACUAUGGGUCCUACAGGAGGCGGCAUUAGCGCGAGAAGUCACCUUCCUCUGCGGCGACAGUAAAUGCAGCUGGGAACUCAUGGAGAAUGCGAUGAAGGAUGCAGUGCUUUGCCAAAUCUUUGACAAAGAAUUCGAUGGGGUUAAAAAUCCUUUGCCUUUGCCUGAUGAGCCUCUGGUGCUAACGGGCAAAAUACACGAUGAAGUCGUCAAGGUGUUCGCAAUGAUGCCAUUCCCUGAUUCUAGCCAACACAACAUCCGAUCAGAACAGAGAGAAAAACUGCUGGCUAUCGCGAAUUGGGAACAGACGAUCGCUGCUGGUAUGGAUGAUCCCACGUUGACACGGCCACGAGCGGGAAUUGGAAGCGAUAGAAUCCAUGAAGAAUACUGGCGUGCGCUAGUAGACAACCAAGAGCCCGGGCGUUACCUAGACCAGACUAUAAAACACGAUUGGUAUCUUGACUUCCAGACAAUGGGACGGCGACUGAGAGGCGUCGAUUUAAACCCAACAGCCCUGAAAGCAAAGUCAGAUCAUGUAGACCUUGAGUCUGGCACCUCUAUAAACGUUUCUGAACAGUUUCUUGAAGCAGAAGACCAAUGUGCAAACGCGUAUAAGUUCAUGGAGGCCAUGCAGAAGGUCAGUUUCAGGCAGCUCUUCAAGACCAAAAAAGGGCAUCUCAGCUCGACGAUUCCGGGAGUGAUGCCUGGUGAUGUUCUGAUAGCGAUGAAUGGGGCGCCAAUACUGCACGUGAUCAGGAAAGUCAAUGCUGCUGUAGACGGCGAACUGGAAAUUUGGGAGUUUGUAGGCGAUGCCUAUGUGUAUCCGCCGGACUGUGGGAACGACGAAGAGAGUAUUCUGGAAGAGGAACAAGUUAACGGAAAUCAUGCCGAGGAGAACACUCGAGCAGAUAGUAAUACUGAUAAGGCUGAUGACGAGGAGCGGGAGUUCGUGUUUGUAUAG